AUGGUUGCUUCUGAGCUGUCGCAAGCGGCACGCGCUGAGAAGGCCGACCCUCAGCAGUCGCAGCUGGCGGCCCAGCAAAAGGCACAAGAACCGGCACCACCAUUGGUGAACCGGGUCGGCCAGAGCAAGAGCCCGUACGUGCGAAGCCAUGCCGAGAGCCGUGUCGCCUGGCAGCUGCUCGACGAGGAGGCUAUCGAGAGAGCUAGGAAGGAGAACAAGCUGAUCUUUCUGCACAUCGGUUUCAAAGCCUGCCACUAUUCGCGACUUACAUCCACCGAGUGCUUCGCCCACCGAGAAUGCGCCGCGAUCCUGAACGAGUCAUUUGUCCCCGUCAUCAUCGACCGCGAGGAGCGCCCGGAGCUUGACACGAUAUACAUGAACUAUGUGCAGGCCGUAAGCGGAUCGGGCGGCUGGCCGUUGAACCUCUUCCUGACCCCCGAGCUCGAACCCGUCUUCGGUGGCACAUACUACCCGGCUCCCGGCCCGAACAACGGCGGCUCCGACGACGAGGAGCGUCUAGACUUUUUGGCCAUCUUGCGCAAGCUGCAGAAGGUCUGGAGGGAGCAAGAGUCACGGUGCAGGCAGGAGGCCAAGGAGGUUGUGGUUAAGCUCCACGACUUUGCGGCCGAGGGAACCCUGGGAACGGCCACGGUGCAGCCUGGUGUUGCUGGCUCCCAGACCGCCGCAAUUGGUAGAUCGGAGACGGGGUUGGAGCUUCCUGGAACGGGCAGGACGGCCGCUGCGGUGUCGAGUGAAUUAGACCUGGACCAGCUGGAGGAGGCUUACACGCACAUUGCCGGGACGUUCGACCCUGUCUACGGCGGAUUCGGUUUGGCCCCCAAGUUUCCAACCCCGCCAAAGCUGUCCUUCCUCCUGCGACUGCCUCGGUAUCUUUCACCUGUGCAAGACGUGGUAGGCGAGACCGAGUGCGCGCACGCCACCGAGAUGGCCCUCUUUACGUUGCGCAAGAUGCGGGAUAGCAGUCUGCGCGACCACGUAGGAGGUUGUGGGUUUGCGCGAUACUCCGUCACGGCAGACUGGAGCGUCCCGCGCUUUGAGAAGCUUGUUGCGCAAAACGCGCUGCUUUUGGGGCUCUACUUGGACGCAUGGGUGAUUGCAAGCGGCGGAGAGAAGGAUGGAGAGUUCUACGACGUUGUGGUGGAAUUAGUCGAUUACCUUACGACUUCUCCGAUUAGUUUGCCCGAGGGUGGUUUCGUCUCAAGCGAGGCCGCCGACUCGUACUACCGACGCGGGGACAGGCACAUGCGGGAGGGAGCGUACAACCUGUGGACACGUCGGGAAUUCGACACGGUAAUCGGAGACGACCACGAGGCCGCGCUGGCUGCGUCAUACUGGAACGUCCUCGAGCAUGGUAAUGUCGAGCCGGAUCAGGACCCCAACGAUGAGUUUAUGAACGAAAACAUCUUGCGCAUCGUGAAGGACAUAUCGGAGAUUGGACGACAAGCUGGCAUCACCAUCGACGAAGUCAAGCGGGUGAUCUCUUUAGCAAAGCAAAAGCUCAAGGCGCAUAGAGAAAAGGAGCGCGUGAGGCCUGAAGUCGACAACAAGGUUGUGGUCGGACGGAAUGGUCUGGUGAUUUCUGCUCUAACGAGGGCGGGACUGGCUUUGGCAACCGUUGAUGCGGCGAAGAGCCAGGCGGCCAUUGCAUCCGCGAGCAAGGCUGCUGAGUUCAUCAGGGCCAACCUGUGGGAUGAGACGGACAAGGUUCUUUACAGGAUAUGGAACGAAGGCCGCGGCGACACCAAGGGCCUAGCAGAAGACUAUGCCUAUCUCAUCGAGGGUCUUGUCGGUCUUUACGAGGCGACUGCGGAUGAGAAGUGGAUAGAGUUCGCUGAUGAGCUUCAGAAGGUCCAAAUCAACAUCUUCUAUGACACCCCCUCAGUCGGCACCUCAGCCCCCGAACCCCCGGCGUCCCGCUCAAACUGCGGCGCCUUCUACACCACGGCCGAGAACGCGCCGCACACCAUCCUCCGCCUCAAGGACGGCAUGGACACGGCGCUCCCCUCGACCAACGCUGUCUCCGUCUCCAACCUCUUCCGCCUCGGCAUCAUGCUCAACGACGAGGCCUACACGGCCAUCGCGCGCGAGUCCAUCAAUGCCUUCGAGGCCGAGAUCCUGCAGUACCCGUGGCUGUUCCCGGGUUUGCUGUCGGGCGUGGUCACGGCCCGUCUUGGCGGAGUGACGUGGGUUGUCGUGCGCGGUGCUGAUGGUGGCGAAGACGAGCUGACGCAGAAGCUAUUGCGGAAGCUGAGCCUUGAGGCGAGGGGCGGAUUGAGGAACGUGCUUUUGCUUAAGAGCGAGGACGACCUGUUGGCGAAGCGAAGUCCCGUGUUGAAGGAGCUGAUGCAGAAGCCGGGCACGUACUACCUCGAAAACGGCGUUUACCGUCCGAUCACGGCUGCGGAUGUGGCGUGA